GGGCGCCGCCGUCCCAGCCAUUCCCUUCCCCUGCUCUUCUCUCCCACUAACCCUAGAUCUCCAUGCCGUCGCCUUCGGCUCUCGGCAAGCGCGACGGCGGGGACGGCAUCCUGGCCGCCCUCUCCCGGUCGCAGUUGGCGGCGCACGGGCGCGAGGCUGCCACCAUGGCGAAGAAGCUGCUGCGGAGCACGGGCAAGGCGGCCUGGAUCGCGGGCACCACCUUCCUGGUGCUGGUGGUGCCGCUCAUCAUCGAGAUGGAUCGGGAGCAGCAGCUCAACGACCUCGAGCUGCAGCAGCAGACGCUCCUCGGAGGCCCGCCGGCGCCCAUCAAGUAGAUUAGAUUAGCAUCCUCCUCCUCUCCUCUCCUCCCCCUGUGGUGCCUGCGGCUUUAUUACUUGUUUACUACUAGUACUCUAUAACAUUACUGCUGCCAUGCUCAAGUGGUUCUAGUUGAGAGGGAGGGAUGCAGUCGUCGUCUGAGAUUGUGUAUGUUUGGUUCCAAUCAAUCAACCAAUCUGUUGGUCCUUGAUGCGUUUGUCUUCCUCCAAACAAGAGGAUGGAUCAAUUGUGCCUGCUUUGCUUGUGUUUGUUAUAUACACCAUAAUAAUAGGCUGCUACUUGUUACUUAAUAGUCGGUAUGCCUGCGAUUGAAUUUGAUAA